UGGUAGCGAGAGGGCAGGCGGGCUGGCGCGCCCGGCAGGAGCUGGCCUGUCCUGGACUCAGCAUAACUAACGAAGCUGCUGCAGGAUGAGAAGAUGGCAGCGCGGCUGCUCGCACCACCAGGCCCUGACAGUUUCAAGCCUUUCACCCCUGAGUCGCUGGCAAACAUCGAGAGGCGCAUUGCUGAAAGCAAGCUCAAGAAGCCCCCAAAGGCGGAUGGCAGUCAUCGGGAAGAUGAUGAAGACAGCAAGCCCAAGCCAAACAGCGACUUGGAAGCAGGGAAGAGCUUGCCUUUCAUCUACGGGGACAUCCCCCAAGGCCUGGUUGCCGUCCCCCUGGAGGACUUUGACCCAUACUAUUUGACGCAGAAAACCUUUGUAGUAUUAAACAGAGGGAAAACUCUCUUCAGAUUUAGUGCCACGCCUGCCUUGUACAUUUUAAGUCCUUUUAACCUGAUAAGAAGAAUAGCUAUUAAAAUUUUGAUACAUUCAGUCUUCAGCAUGAUCAUCAUGUGCACUAUCCUGACCAACUGUGUAUUCAUGACCUUUAGUAACCCGCCCGACUGGUCGAAGAAUGUGGAGUACACAUUCACAGGGAUUUACACGUUUGAGUCACUAGUGAAAAUCAUCGCAAGAGGUUUCUGCAUAGACGGCUUCACCUUCUUACGAGACCCAUGGAACUGGUUAGACUUCAGUGUCAUCAUGAUGGCAUAUGUGACAGAGUUUGUGGACCUGGGCAAUGUCUCAGCGCUGAGAACGUUCAGGGUUCUCCGAGCUUUGAAAACUAUCUCUGUCAUUCCAGGCCUGAAGACAAUUGUAGGCGCCCUCAUUCAGUCUGUGAAGAAGCUGUCUGAUGUGAUGAUCUUGACCGUGUUCUGCUUGAGUGUUUUCGCCCUGAUUGGCCUGCAGCUGUUCAUGGGGAAUCUUCGAAACAAGUGUGUGGUGUGGCCCAUAAACUUUAACGAGAGCUAUCUUGAAAAUGGCACCAGAGGCUUUGACUGGGAAGAAUACAUCAACAAUAAAACAAACUUUUACACGGUUCCUGGUAUGCUGGAACCCUUGCUCUGUGGGAACAGUUCCGAUGCUGGGCAAUGCCCAGAGGGAUACCAGUGUAUGAAAGCAGGAAGGAACCCCAACUAUGGCUACACAAGCUUCGACACUUUCAGCUGGGCCUUCUUGGCAUUAUUUCGCCUUAUGACCCAGGACUACUGGGAGAACUUGUAUCAGUUGACCUUACGAGCGGCUGGGAAAACAUACAUGAUCUUCUUUGUCUUGGUCAUCUUUGUGGGUUCUUUCUACUUGGUGAACUUAAUCUUGGCUGUGGUGGCCAUGGCUUACGAAGAGCAGAACCAGGCAACGUUGGAAGAGGCCGAGCAAAAAGAAGCUGAGUUCAAAGCAAUGCUGGAGCAGCUCAAGAAGCAGCAGGAAGAAGCCCAGGCUGCUGCGAUGGCCACUUCAGCAGGCACUGUCUCAGAAGAUGCCAUUGAAGAAGAAGGUGAAGAUGGUGUUGGCUCUCCACGGAGCUCAUCUGAACUUUCUAAACUCAGCUCAAAGAGUGCCAAGGAGCGGAGGAACAGGCGGAAGAAGAGGAAGCAGAAGGAGCUCUCUGAGGGGGAGGAGAAAGGAGACCCCGAGAAAGUGUUUAAGUCAGAGUCAGAAGAUGGUAUGAGAAGGAAGGGCUUCCGGCUGCCAGACAACAGGAUAGGGAGGAAGUUUUCCAUCAUGAAUCAGUCGCUGCUGAGCAUCCCAGGCUCACCCUUCCUCUCCCGCCACAACAGCAAAAGCAGCAUCUUCAGCUUCCGGGGCCCCGGGAGGUUCCGAGACCCUGGCUCAGAGAACGAGUUCGCAGACGACGAGCACAGCACGGUGGAAGAGAGCGAGGGCCGGCGCGACUCGCUCUUCAUCCCCAUCCGGGCCCGGGAGCGCCGCAGCAGCUACAGCGGCUACAGCGGCUACAGCCAGUGCAGCCGCUCCUCACGCAUCUUCCCCAGCCUGCGGCGCAGCGUGAAGCGCAACAGCACCGUGGACUGCAAUGGCGUGGUGUCGCUCAUCGGGCCUGGCUCCCACAUCGGGCGGCUCCUGCCUGAGGCAACAACUGAGGUGGAAAUCAAGAAGAAAGGCCCUGGGUCUCUCUUAGUCUCCAUGGACCAGCUUGCCUCCUAUGGACGGAAGGAUAGAAUCAAUAGCAUAAUGAGUGUCGUCACAAAUACGCUAGUGGAAGAGCUGGAAGAGUCUCAGAGAAAAUGCCCACCAUGCUGGUAUAAGUUUGCCAACACUUUCCUCAUCUGGGAAUGUCACCCCUACUGGAUAAAACUGAAAGAGAUUGUGAACUUGAUCGUCAUGGACCCUUUUGUAGACUUAGCCAUCACCAUCUGCAUUGUUCUGAAUACACUGUUUAUGGCAAUGGAGCAUCAUCCCAUGACACCACAAUUCGAGCACGUCUUGGCCGUAGGAAAUCUGGUGUUCACUGGGAUUUUCACGGCAGAAAUGUUCCUGAAGCUCAUAGCCAUGGAUCCCUACUAUUAUUUCCAAGAAGGCUGGAACAUUUUUGACGGAUUUAUUGUCUCCCUCAGUUUGAUGGAGCUGGGUCUCGCAGAUGUGGAGGGGCUGUCAGUGCUGCGCUCUUUCCGACUGCUCCGAGUCUUCAAAUUGGCCAAGUCCUGGCCCACCCUGAACAUGUUGAUCAAGAUCAUUGGGAACUCCGUUGGUGCCCUGGGCAACCUGACCUUGGUGCUGGCCAUCAUUGUCUUCAUCUUCGCCGUGGUGGGGAUGCAGCUCUUCGGGAAGAGCUACAAGGAGUGCGUGUGCAAGAUCAACCAGGACUGCGAGCUGCCACGCUGGCACAUGAAUGACUUCUUCCACUCCUUCCUUAUUGUCUUUCGCGUGCUGUGCGGGGAGUGGAUCGAGACCAUGUGGGACUGCAUGGAGGUGGCCGGCCAGGCCAUGUGCCUCAUUGUCUUUAUGAUGGUCAUGGUCAUUGGCAACCUGGUGGUGCUGAACCUAUUUCUGGCCUUGCUUCUGAGCUCCUUCAGUGCAGACAAUCUGGCAGCCACAGAUGACGAUGGGGAGAUGAACAAUCUGCAGAUCUCCGUCAUCCGAAUCAAGAAGGGGGUGGCUUGGACCAAAGUAAAGGUGCACGCCUUCAUACAGGCGCACUUUAAGCAGCGGGAGGCGGACGAGGUAAAACCUCUAGAUGAACUCUACGAAAAGAAGGCCAAUUGCAUCGCCAACCACACUGGUGUGGACAUCCACCGGAAUGGCGACUUCCAGAAGAAUGGCAACGGAACAACCAGCGGCAUCGGCAGCAGUGUGGAGAAGUACAUCAUUGAUGAGGACCAUAUGUCCUUCAUCAACAACCCAAACUUGACCGUUCGGGUGCCCAUUGCUGUGGGCGAGUCUGAUUUUGAGAACCUCAACACCGAGGACGUUAGCAGCGAGUCAGACCCUGAAGGCAGCAAAGAUAAACUGGAUGACACCAGCUCCUCUGAGGGAAGCACCAUCGAUAUCAAGCCUGAGGUGGAAGAAGUCCCUGUGGAGCAGCCUGAGGAAUACUUGGAUCCGGACGCCUGCUUCACAGAGGGUUGUGUCCAGCGGUUCAAGUGCUGCCAGGUCAACAUUGAGGAAGGGCUAGGCAAGUCCUGGUGGAUCCUUCGGAAAACCUGCUUCCUCAUCGUAGAGCACAAUUGGUUUGAGACCUUCAUCAUCUUCAUGAUCCUGCUCAGCAGUGGUGCCCUGGCCUUCGAGGACAUCUACAUUGAGCAGAGGAAGACCAUCCGCACCAUCCUGGAGUACGCAGACAAGGUCUUCACCUACAUCUUCAUCCUGGAGAUGCUGCUCAAAUGGACAGCCUAUGGCUUCGUCAAGUUCUUCACCAAUGCCUGGUGCUGGCUGGACUUCCUCAUCGUGGCUGUGGUGGUGAAUGCCUUGGUGGGCGCCAUCCCCUCCAUCAUGAAUGUGCUGCUGGUGUGUCUCAUCUUCUGGCUGAUUUUCAGCAUUAUGGGAGUCAACCUGUUCGCGGGAAAGUACCACUACUGCUUCAAUGAGACCUCAGAAAUCCGCUUUGAAAUUGAAAUCGUCAACAAUAAAACGGACUGUGAGAAGCUCAUGGAGGGCAACAACACAGAGAUCAGGUGGAAGAACGUGAAGAUCAACUUCGACAACGUGGGGGCCGGGUACCUGGCCCUCCUUCAGGUGGCAACCUUCAAAGGCUGGAUGGACAUCAUGUAUGCAGCUGUAGAUUCCCGAAAGCCGGACGAGCAGCCGAAGUAUGAGGACAACAUCUACAUGUACAUCUACUUCGUCAUCUUCAUCAUCUUUGGCUCCUUCUUCACCCUCAACCUGUUCAUUGGUGUCAUCAUCGAUAACUUCAAUCAACAGAAGAAAAAGUUUGGAGGCCAGGACAUCUUCAUGACGGAGGAGCAGAAGAAGUACUACAACGCCAUGAAGAAGCUGGGCUCCAAGAAGCCCCAGAAGCCCAUCCCCCGCCCCCUGAACAAAGUCCAAGGGAUUGUCUUUGAUUUUGUCACUCAACAAGCCUUUGACAUCGUGAUCAUGAUGCUCAUCUGCCUUAACAUGGUGACGAUGAUGGUGGAGACAGACACUCAGAGCAAGCAGAUGGAGAACAUUCUCUACUGGAUCAAUCUGGUCUUCGUCAUCUUCUUCACCUGUGAGUGUGUGCUCAAGAUGUUUGCCUUGAGGCACUACUACUUCACCAUUGGCUGGAACAUCUUUGACUUCGUGGUGGUCAUCCUCUCCAUUGUGGGAAUGUUCCUGGCUGAUAUCAUUGAGAAAUACUUUGUUUCCCCAACUCUAUUCCGAGUCAUCCGAUUGGCCCGCAUUGGGCGCAUCUUGCGUCUGAUCAAAGGUGCCAAAGGGAUUCGUACCCUGCUCUUUGCCUUAAUGAUGUCAUUGCCUGCCCUAUUCAACAUUGGCCUUCUGCUCUUCCUCGUUAUGUUCAUUUUCUCCAUCUUUGGGAUGUCCAAUUUUGCAUAUGUGAAACACGAGGCUGGCAUCGAUGACAUGUUCAACUUCGAGACAUUUGGCAACAGCAUGAUCUGCCUGUUUCAGAUCACAACCUCGGCUGGUUGGGAUGGCCUGCUGCUGCCAAUCCUAAACCGCCCCCCUGACUGCAGCCUAGACAAGGAACACCCAGGAAGUGGCUUCAAAGGGGACUGCGGGAACCCCUCAGUGGGCAUCUUCUUCUUUGUCAGCUACAUCAUUAUCUCCUUCCUGAUCGUGGUGAACAUGUACAUUGCCAUCAUCUUGGAGAACUUCAGUGUGGCCACAGAAGAGAGUGCGGAUCCUCUGAGUGAGGAUGACUUUGAGACCUUCUAUGAGAUCUGGGAGAAGUUUGACCCUGACGCCACCCAGUUCAUCGAGUACUGUAAACUGGCAGACUUUGCAGAUGCCCUGGAGCAUCCUCUCCGAGUGCCCAAGCCCAACACCAUCGAGCUCAUCGCCAUGGACCUGCCCAUGGUAAGCGGGGAUCGCAUCCACUGCUUGGACAUCCUUUUCGCCUUUACCAAGCGAGUCCUGGGAGACAGCGGGGAGCUGGACAUCCUGCGGCAGCAGAUGGAGGAGCGGUUUGUGGCAUCCAAUCCUUCCAAAGUGUCCUACGAGCCUAUCACAACCACUCUGCGGCGCAAGCAGGAAGAGGUGUCCGCGGUGGUCCUGCAGCGUGCCUACAGGGGACAUUUGGCUAGGCGGGGCUUCAUCUGCAGAAAGAUUACCUCCAGUAAGCUGGAGAACGGAGGCCCGCACCGGGAGAAGAAGGAAAGCACUCCAUCCACAGCCUCGCUCCCCUCUUAUGACAGCGUAACAAAACCUGACAAGGAGAAGCAGCAACGGGCAGAGGAAGGAAGAAGGGAAAGAGCCAAGAGGCAAAAAGAGGUCAGAGAGUCCAAGUGUUAGAGGAUAGCAGGAAUGGGGCUUACACUGGCCUAGCACGGGCAAGUGAAAGCUUGUUUACGAAUUUCCGGAUCUCACGGAUACAGAGCAGCUGUGGAGACGCUGUGCCGCAAGACCUAGACCAAACAGUCUGCUUCCAUGGGACACGGUUGCAUCUUGAGCAGUGACCUGCCGAGGGCAAAGGACCCUGCUCCCUGGACUCAAGAUUUUCUAUUGCUUGGACAGGUGGUUACUGCAUGUUCCACACUCAGUCAAUGCAAUUUAGGACUACACUAACAGGAUACAAAACAAAGGCGGCUGCCGGGACCAGCAGAUUGCCGUGCAGCCAAACGGAUUUUAUUUUUUCAUUUGUUAAUUUUCAGAAACAGAAAGCAUCAUUUUAAAAGUUUGUUUGUUCAUGCAAACAAAUUUUGCAUUCUUACGUUAAGCUAAGCAGCAAAAAGAAACACACACACACACACACACAUUCAGCCAAUGUCACUAAUUGUCUAUUUCUUUGACAUAAACAGCAUCUUCUCCACAUGGGCGUCACGUGGUUUGGAGAUGGGUGGGGGAAACAAUCAGGGUUUUUCAGGCUGAGGAGGACUUGCUCAGGCCAAUUCCAAACAUUGUGCUCGUUCAAUGCGUAGAAAUGAUUUGCAUGAUGGCAUGCCGUGAUCAGAAGUCAUGCAUGAGAUCCAUACACACAAGACACUGUUAAUCCUGCCCCUGCAUUGGGUCAGCCUUUGGACAGGACCCAGCACUGCACCGUUCACUGUAUUUGGAGAAAUGGUAAGAGUUCCAUACCGGCUGCAAUUAUUUCUGAGUUCUUAGAAGUCUUUCAUACACCUCUGGGUAGGGAAACAUAACUAACCAAUUGACCACCACCACCAACAGAACCAAUCCAACCCAACAAGCAGAUGGAUCCGUUGUGUGUACAUGUUUAACAGACAUCUCAACAUACAGCCAUUGUUGCACAUUUUGCAAGGUAAACUAUCUAAUGCUGCUCUGUCCAGAACAUGGGGAGACUCUGGCCCCGAAUGGCUUGUACUAUUAAUGUCACUGUAAAACCAAAUCCUAGGGCUAAAAAACAAAAAAAACAAAAAACAAAAAAAAAAAAAAGAAAAAGAGUUCAUUUGUAUCUCGCAAUAUUAUAAUGAUUGUUUAGCCUUCAUCCUGGGGAACUGACACUUGGGUCGAGGUAAAAGUGCUAUUCAUAGUAGCAUGGUUAUCUCUAGGAGGCCUUGGGGGGAACUUACAGAAACCUUUCUCUGGGGAUCACGGGGUGCUCACAUCAUUUGGUGUCGUGUCUGUCUACAUUACGGCUUUUCUCAGGCUCAGGUAGAUGUGGGAAGGGGUUCAGGAACUCUAGACCUGCAGAGGGAUUAUCACAUGUUCCCAUCUGCUGGUUCUUCCUGCCUCCAUCACAUUCCUCCAGCCAGUGGGACUUCCCUUCCCAGCUGUCCAGGGCUGGGUAAAGGCAGCAGCGUUGCUUGGGGUAUGGCUAUGAGCUCUUCCGUUUGUGAUCUUCAGAAUAAUGGUCACUAGCAGAACCUGAGGUAGAGAUGGAGCCAGCUCUGGGCCGAGCCCACUUAGUCUUGUUACUGUGCUGGCUUUUGUGAGAAAGGGACUCCGUAGUAAUUCUUUCGGGUGUUGCAGCUUCCCUGGCGUUUCCUUUCUGUCCACCUUGCUGUCUGCUUAGUGGCCUGCCCACUGUCGUCGGGAGAUGGCUUCUGAGGAAGCACCAUAUCUUCCAUCCCAUCUCCUGCUUUGCAGAAGGCAGCUGUUAGUCCAGGGGCAUUUCACCUGACCACAGGGUUCCAAAGCCAGGACGCCACACUUGAGCAUCAGAAAGUCUCUCCGAACCAAGUCAGCGCCAUCCUUCCUGAGCGUAGGGUAGAGGGAAGUGAGCAGUCCACCACUAGACACACUAGACCGAUCUGCCUUGCAGUAGAAGCACUUUGGAUGUAAUCUCAGAGUCCACUCAACUAGUUUUGAAUAGAGCAAACCACAGCCAGUCAGUGAGCAGAGCUUUCUCUCCUGUAGACACUGUCCGGCUGUCCUAAGCGUGCUGAGAGCAGCCUGGAAGUGUAUCCGUGCCGCUGCUGCUAGAGCGAAUGUAGAGAACCACGUACAGUGAUGUCGUACACAGCACAAAACAGAAGCUGACGUGUGUGGUUAUUCUUUUUAAGAGAAUUAUAAAUACUGUAAUAUAUAAUUUUAUUUUAUUGGCAUGCCUUUUGUAAAUACAAAUUACUACCUUAUUAAAUAGGAAAUGGCUUCUGGCUUAUGCCAUUGUCAUGUUUAUUUUUAUUUUUUAUACUUUCUUUCUUCUUAGAACUAGAUGCUGUCAGCCAAUGUACACCCCAACCAGACAGACAGACAAAAAAUUUUUUAUUGCUAAUGGUCUUUUCCAAAACAACAAAAAUAUAUUUUUGUUCCAAUGUGCAAUAAAUUCUAACCACUUCUAUGCAAGAUUUGGCUAAACUUAAUCAUUGUUCUUAGAUCUCGAGAUGGGCAACAGCUAUUUGAUCCUGCUAGGAACACCAAGCGCCAUGCUAGUACUGUCGUUAAGCUACUAGAGCCUAGAUCUGACCAUCCUCCCCUGCUCCUGACCCCUCAGUAGGUAUCUCACACCCUCAGAGAGCGAGAGAGAGCUUCAGGGAAGAAGCCACCCCCACCCACUGAUUAGCCCUCACCUGCUGCCCCUCCCCCUCCUUCCCUCCUCCCUCCCUCGCUCUCUGUCCACCCGCUCCACACUUCUGUUUCGUAGGCCACCAUCACCAGCAGUUCACACCGCAGUCAGCAGGCAUUGAACCUAAAGAAUGGCUAUGGCAGUUUUUGGUUGGUCUCUUUUUUUGUUUCGUGUCCUCACAGAGUGAGCAAGUGGCAGCGCUUUGCCAAAUA